AUUUCCAGGAACCAUCAGGAAGCAAGGCCUUGACCCCAAGAGGCAGAUAGAGCAUUGAACCAGUCGAAGCAGUACGAUGUCUACCUGAUGUGGGAAGCGGAAGGACUGCGUUGGCGGACGUAGGAGGCAACACUGAGCAUUGGUAAAUUCAAAGAUCGUUCAUCCCGAGCGCUCGUGGGAAAGAGAGAGAGGGAGAGAGAGAGCGCUGAGCGUGGGCUUUGAGCCGUCGAGGGCGAGUUCGACCCCAGAGCACGAGGGCGUUGCGAAGGAGCCCUUGGAUGGAAGUGUGAAGUGUGAGGCCUCGUCAGGUUCUCGCGGCUUCAGCAUCAAGGGAUGAUGAAGGCCAGGCACUUUGCGCGUCGGUUCUCCCUCCAGCCGGCGUUAUACGAGGAAGAUCGGCCGACGCCCGUGAGCAAGGAGGAGGACGCGGCCGGCUCCCCGGGUGCGGGCGGCGCCGCUUCGACCAGCGGGGUCUCAGUCGACAAGCCCGGCGAGGACCCGACGAAGCGGCGCUACCGGGUGGUGGUGAUGGGCGCCGCGAAGGUGGGCAAGACAGCCAUCAUCAACCAGUUCCUGUAUGACUCCUUCACGCCCAAGUACACGCGUACGGUCGAGGAGAUGCACCACGGAGAGUACGAGGUCUCGGGAAUGUCGCUUACCUUAGACAUCCUAGACACAUCCGGUUCCUACGAAUUCCCAGCGAUGAGAGAACUCUCCGUGAACCAGGCUGACGCAUUUAUCCUCGUCUACGCAAUAACGGAUGCAGAUUCCUUCCAAGAGGUGCGGAAUCUGCGCGAGAUGAUCAUGGGGACGAAGAACAAGCCGGUGCCCAUCGUGGUCGUGGGCAACAAGAACGACCUGGAGGAGCAGCGCGCCGUGCCCACCGAGAUGGCUGAGACGACCGUGCUUGUCAACUGGGAGAAUGGCUUCCUCGAGGCCAGCGCCAAGGACAACCUCAACGUCCUGCACAUCUUCAAGGAGCUACUCAACCAGGCAAAAAUUAGGUAUGCUCUGAGUCCAGCCGUCAAGAGGCGCCGCCAAUCUAUGCCAAAUGUGGGCAUGCAGAUCACGCCGGCUCAGCUCUCGCACCUCCAGCAUAUCAAACAAAAGCACAGCGGGAAGCGCAACUCGUGUGUCAUUUCUUAGAGAAAAGUUAUGGUGCUGCUGAUGGGUCUUAUCCAUUUCUCCCUUUUCUCUGUCCCUUCCAUUUUGUGCUGUAGCAGAGAUUCCAUUAAUUGUCUGUAAGAAUACGAUGUAAACCAAUAGAGUUGUGACUUCCUCACGUCUCUAGUUAAUGUGGACACCGACGUCUGCGGAAUGGGCGAACUUUGGCGCCGAGAGCAUAUUUGCUUAUAAAUCACCCAGGGCGAUUCGCAUGCAUAACUCGAGAGGAAACGGAAAGGAAACGAAACGGAACAGCGCAAAAAGGAA